AUGCCACCAAAAGAGGCACGUGGUGAUGGCGGAUAUCGUGGACGUGGAGCAAGAGUGUCAGAUAUCCAAGCUAAUCGUUCGGACACAUUCACAUUACAAGCAAGCGAUGUUAAAUCAUUCAAUCGUCUAUUGAACGACCUGAGCACGUAUCUCAACGGCAACGGACAGCAACAAACAGUAGUAUAUAUUCCACGAUCGAUACAACGUAUACUUGAAGCAGGCAAAACAAAGAAUUGA